AGGAAACAAAGCAGCUUGUUGAAAUGCAUGUAUAGGAGUAGCGAUCAUUUCUCGGGGGUUUCGUGGGGAAAGUCGUGCUGACAGCAGUCUCCCGGCAGAGAAGGUGAAGCUGAAGAAAGGCAAUGGGAGUCCAAGGACUAUGGAAACUUUUAGAAUGUUCUGGAAGACCCAUAAAUCCAGAGACAUUGGAAGGGAAAAUCCUUGCUGUUGAUAUCAGCAUUUGGCUGAACCAAGCCGUAAAAGGAGCCAGAGAUCGCCACGGCAACGCCAUACAAAAUGCACAUUUGUUGACCUUAUUUCAUCGACUUUGCAAGCUCUUAUUUUUUAGAAUCCGGCCAAUAUUUGUGUUUGAUGGAGAAGCUCCUCUGCUGAAAAGACAAACCCUGGCGAAGAGACGACAGAAGAAGGAGACGGCAGCCGAUGAAGCUAAAAAAACGAGCGACAAAUUGCUGAGAACCUUUCUGAAAAGACAAGCCAUUAAAGCUGCAUUGACAGAAGGAAGCAGCAAGGAGGAAGAAUAUCCUAGCCUCUCUCACGUUCGGAGAAAAGAAGAGGAUGACAUAUAUGCUUUGCCUCCACUAGAGGUGAAAGAUAACAAUAGCUCUGAAGAAGAAGAAGAGAGAGAAUGGGAGGAACGAAUGACUCAGAAACAGAUCCUGCAGGAAGAAUAUUUUGCAAACCCUCAUUCUGUGGACAUUGAAUCUGAAGACUUCAAAAGCCUGCCUCCGGAAGUAAAGCAUGAAAUCCUGAAUGACAUGAAAGAGUUCACAAAGCGAAGACGGACUUUGCUUGAGGCAAUGCCAGAGGAUUCCAACGAUUUCUCGCGCUAUCAGCUAAGGGGUCUGCUGAAAAAGAACGACUUAAACAGGUGCAUUCGGAACGUUCGAGAAGAGAUGAGCCAGCAGUACAGCGGGGAGGUCCGUGCUCAGAUAGAGACGGAAGGGGGAUUUAUGAGAGAGGUGGAAACGCGGCGACUGGUCUCGGAGGACACGUCUCAUUACAUUCUAAUUAAAGGAAUCCAGGCAAAGGAGGAAAAGAAAGAAGAUUCUACCGUUAAGGCGGUUUCUUCUGCUCACUUAGAUACUGCUCCCAAAACAUAUCUUGAUUUAAAGUUAGCAUCUGCUCGUAAACCUAAGAAUAACAAAGACAUUCAGGCAGAAGCAGCACCACCUUCACCAAGAACACUUUUUGCUAUACAAGAAGCAAUGAUGGAGAACAGCUCUGAAGAAGAGUUUGGAAAGGGAGAGGUUGAUGGCUACAAUAUGCCAUCUAGGUCUGUUGGGGAAAUAGAGGGCAAUGUGUCACCUAGGACCAUGCGAGCCAUUCAGCAAGCACUUGCGGAAGAUGAACCAAACACAAGUUCUAAAAACCAAGCAGUUGAGAUUAGAGAUGAAAGUGAAACGGAAGUGCGGUCCAAGGCAAAGACACUAAUUAUCAGCAGUUCUGAAGAAGAGAAUGAUGAUCUGGCUAUUACUGCCCCUUUACAAAAUACAGAAUUUUCACCCAGUCCCACACAGUGCUUGAAAAGUACUGAACAUAAUUUAAAGCUUGUCCCUGCUUCAAAGAAAGAAGAACUAUUACUUGACCAGAAUAAACUGCAAGUAGUUGACAUCGAUCUGAAUCAGCAGAGAAUUAAAAGGAAUCUAUUUUCCGACCAGGAUAAAUCUGUUUCAUCUUCUUCCAUGAGCCAUUUAGUGGACGCUAAACCGGAAACUACCCUGACUCCUUUGGUGCUAGAAACCAAUAAACCAGAAAUUAUUGUAACAAAUGUAGAUCCUUCCACAGGAAUACCUGCUAAAAUAGAGAUCAGUACACAGAACUCUAGUGAUAAUCCUCCUGUCACGGUAAAACACAGUAAACCGGAACGAACUGUAGAAUCUUCAGCACCUCUGAGUAAUACUCGUCCCUCUGUCUCUAAUGCAUUGGUAGUGGACAACACCACUUACCUCGAACCUGAAAUAAUUAAAGGCGGCAUGCACCCAAAGUCAACGACAGAGUCUUUGAAGCCUUCAGCCGCAUCCACGGAACCUAAUGAAGAUAAUGCACAGCGUAUGGAGCCAGUCAGCAGUAAUAACCCAGACGCCAUGUACUUUCCUAUGACUCCGGAAAGUAUAGAGGUUGGCGAAGAGGAAUCUGCAAGAAAUAAGGAAGCCGAAUCAGAUUCUGAUGGUAGCUUUAUUGAUGUGAACAGUGAUGCGGGUGACAGCGAUUCACAGCUUGCUGAGAUUAAAAUACUAAGUGAUGAAAAAGAAGCCUCAACCAAACCAUCCAUUCCAGAACCAAGUUCCACCGGUAACACACGUGGCUCUGACGGCUCUUUGGGAAAUUCUUUCAUGGCUGACAAUACAGAGGAGCCACAGGAGAAAGUCUCUGAUGAUGAUGAAGAAGUUGCUGUGAAUGAAUGGCAAGAUCUUAGCAUGGAGGAACUCGAGUCACUUGAGAACAAUCUGUUUGUCGAGCAGACCUCACUCCAGGCCCAGAGGCAGCAGCAGGAGCGGGUGGCUGCAACGGUUACAGGCCAGAUGUGCUUAGAAAGCCAGGAGCUCCUGCGUCUGUUUGGCAUCCCAUUCAUUGUGGCCCCGAUGGAGGCAGAAGCUCAGUGUGCCAUCCUGGAUCUGACGGAUCAAACCUCUGGGACGAUCACAGAUGACAGUGAUAUAUGGCUGUUUGGGGCGCGUCAUGUGUAUAAGAAUUUUUUCACUCAAAACAAAUAUGUGAUGCAUUAUCAGUUUUCAGACAUUCAGAAUCAGCUGGGAUUAGACCGCUCAAGGUUAAUAAAUUUAGCCUAUCUGAUGGGAAGUGAUUACACAGAAGGCAUCCCGUCUGUUGGUUAUGUAUCUGCUAUGGAAAUUCUCAAUGAAUUCCCUGGACAAGGCCUGGAGUCUCUCGUAAAAUUCAAGGACUGGUGGACAGAAGCCCAGAAACACAAAAAGAUCCGACCUAAUCCACAUGAUACCAAAGUAAAAAAGAAACUGAGAGACCUGGUGUUACAUCCCUGCUUUCCAGAUAAAGCUGUAGCCGAGGCAUAUCUGCGCCCUACGGUGGAUGAUUCCCAGGGAGCUUUUUCAUGGGGAAGGCCGGACCUGGAGCAAAUCCGAGAAUUCUGUGAGAGUCGUUUUGGCUGGUAUCGAUCAAAGACCGACGAAGUUCUGCUCCCAGUACUGAAACAAUUAAAUUCACAAAAGACUCAGCUUCGAAUAGACACUUUUUUCCGAGUGGAACAACACGAGGUGCAGGCUUUAAAGAGCCAGAGAUUACGCAGGGCAGUUACAUGCUUGAAGAGAAAGGAAAAAGAAGGCGAUGCGUUGGAGGUGGAAGAUGCAACUCAAUUAAUGGAGAAGGAAUUUGCUAUAGAAAAGGCUACAGAAAGUCAGAAAUCGCAUACAGACAAUGCCAAAGCCCAGUCCGCGAAGAGGAAAAGAUCUACAAAACAGUUACAAGAGAAAUCGGAUCCAAUAAGCUCCCAAGGGGGAUUUAUUGGAGGUGGUAUAAGCGCUUUCCACUCUGCAGAGGAAUCGGACAGCGAUUCACAACAUAGCAGCCCAAAAAUUGGUGGGGAUCAAAAGGUCCUCAAUCAAAAAGUGGCCAAGAAAAGCAGAAGCAGCAGCUCGAGUGACGAAGAGGAGAACACAGUCUUAGUAACUGCUAGACCUGUAUUUCAAGGGAAAAGAAAAUCAAAAGCUUUGAAAGGACGGAAGAAGUGAUGAAUAACUUUAAAUGAACUUACAUGACUAUGUAAAUUAUUUUGCCUUUAUAACUAUUAUAUUCUUUGCAUAAUGAAAUCAAGUACUGAUUAUAAAGA